AUGAAGGAAAAUUCUUCAAUGCCAUCUGAUAUCCUGGAGAUCCGAGGACUUGAAAUAUCUCCAGAGUACAUAUACCCUCUGUUUUUCUUACUUUUGUUUGUAUACUCGACUCUGCUCUUUUCUAACAUCGGCGUUCUCACACUUAUCAUAAAGGAAAAGAGUUUGCACCAGCCCAUGUACUUCCUCUUCUGUAACCUGUCUGUGAAUGACCUGAUCGGCAACACAGUCCUGCUGCCUCAGCUUAUGGCUCAUGUCCUUUCCACCAAACGUUUCAUCACCUACAACCAGUGUUUGCUUCAAGCUUUUCACAGCCACACCUUUGGAUCUGCAUCGCACAUGAUUCUUGUUGUCAUGGCUAUCGACAGAUAUGUGGCAAUCUGCCACCCUUUGAGGUACAGCUCCAUCAUGACUAAUAAAGCUGUGAUCGGCCUGUCUGCCACUGCCUGGGGCGUUUCCUUACUGCUAGUGUCUGUGCUCUUAGGUCUCACAGGCAAGCUGUCCCGCUGCAGAUCAGUUAUACAAACUGCCUUCUGUGACAAUCCAUCACUGUUCAAGCUUUCUUGUGAGGACGUUUCCAUUAAUAACAUAUAUGGACUGUUUAUUACAGUGCUGCUGUUUACUUGUUCGAUUACAGGCAUCACUGCUACUUACAUCAGAAUAGCUCUCAUAUGCUGGAUGAAGAAAAACAAGGAGAUGAAUAACCGAGCGCUUCAAACCUGCUCAAGCCACCUCAUUCUUUAUCUGAUUAUGCUCUGGUCAGGGUUCCUAACUAUUAUAUUGCAUCGAUUUCCAGAUUAUCCAGACUUAAGGAAGCUUGCAUACAUUUUAUUUCAUGUCGUGCCUGCCAAUUUAAAUCCUAUUAUUUAUGGACUACAAACAAGAUCAUUACGAGAUAAGAUUAUUCAAAUACUCAAAAGAAAAACUAUAAUUUCCACCUAGAUUUUUUUCCUCUGUAUUUUUACAUUUUUAUUGUACUAAACGGAUUUUGAUUGUAUGAGCAGUCGGCUGUGGAGUACUACUGUGGCUAAAGAUUUGUAGUUAAAUGUGAGAUUUAAUGACCUCUAAAAAAGAACUGUUUUAAAAGACGAACUCCAUAUCUAGCUAAAAUAUAUGAGGAACAGCAAGAAACUUUCCUUUUCUCAAAACUCAGGAACAUUCUGAUCAUUUUGAGUGAGUUGUCAGUUAAAUUUGAAUGCUCUGCAACAAUAGCAACAGCUUAAUGAACAAUUUCUGACACAUUGCUUAUUACUUAUGCCUUCUGCUUUUACAUCUGAAAUCAGCAGAUAGUUUGUAGAGUAGUGAAAUGACAAGGUUUUCAGAUGUAUUGUGCAUGUUCUUUUAUUUAUUAUCACAACAAUAAACUUCAUUUUUUUUAUUUUCAAGUCACAUACAGAAGAUGCAAAAAAUGUUCUUUUAAACUAUAACAUAAUUUCCCUUAUUGUUGUUAUUCAUUGACAACAUUGUGUUAACCUGAAGUCAUUAAUGACUUUUGUUAUUUAAACUUACCAGAUACAUUUUUAGUUAUUUUUUGGUUCUUAUUAUAUAUUAUGAAAAACAAUCCUAGACUUAAUAAAUCAUUAUGUCCUUUGAUCUUUGUUUGCAAGAGUAAACAUGUCAGUAAAUAUCAGAUUUACUAAACAUAUCAUGGGAAAAAUGGUAUGCACAGACGCUCAAAUUAUUAUGUUCUUUGAGCUUCUCAACUUCAAAAACUUAAAACAUGGAAAUUGUACACUGCCUAUCCCAUGACUGUAACCUCUUAUGAUUAUUUAAAAAAACAAAAACAAAGGGAAAACCAGUUAAACAUGGUGCUGAUAUCUAUUUCCAUGAGUCAUUUUUAUCCAUUAAUGUAUAUAUAUGUAUAUAUAAUAUACAUUAAUGGGACAGUGACAGCUGGGAAAAACCAUGCAAUACAAUCAUCUAAUAGAUGCAUCUCUACUCUGACACACCUGAAUCGAAUAGGUCAAUUUACUCAUCCGUAUGCCAUUCAGCUCUGCAGAGGCCUGCUAAUGACUCUUUCAUUUUAUUCAGGUGUGUAUGAGGUGUGCUUCACCUGCCAGUUUGCUCUAUGUCAUAUCUAUCACCUGGUUCACCUGUGUCUACCCUUUCUCUCAGCUCAGUUUGCCUCUAAUUAGUUCUCCUUGAUUUGUCAUCUCCACCAUUGUAUAUAAGCACAUUGGUUUUCUUUGUUCUUCAUUUCAAUUUCUGUUAUAUCUACACUUCCUGCUCCUGUCAUCCUGACACCUCUGUUUCUUAAGAUAGAGGACUCAUGUAAUGUAAGUUUUUCUGUUCAUAAUUAAAUUCAUCUUUAUCAUA